AUGCUGAGGUCACGAAAGCGAGCGAGAAUUAACGAUCCCCCACCGGUGACCGAUUACGCCGUUCUACCGGCGAAAGUCGCCGGUAGUUUUAGAUCAUCCUCCACUUGCCCUUCUAUUGCUCUGCGUAUCGAACCCGUUGUCAAGAGCGUUUACAGGUUCAUUGACAAGAAAACGUUCCUUGAUUGGGGUCUCACAUCAGACUGGCACGUAGACGGCCCGAGGAAACGUCGUACCCCGGGUGUCUCGGAGAGCGCAGAUCAUGCUUUGGUAGCCUCUGAGAAAGGAAAAGGCACGAGACACAAAAACGCGUGCAGUGAAGGCUAUGGUGAGAUGACCGAGGGCUCAAUUGAGCGUCUCUUUCUUGUCCUGAAGACACUAUGUACAAGUCAGCCUGCCGCAGCUGAUAGCGUCCCGUCUCGUGUUAGAACACCUUCAGACUACAGAUUGGAUGAUAGUGUGAACAUGUCGACAGCAAGCACAUUCAUCGACAUUGGAAGUGGCUACGGGAAGGUAGUUAUGCAUGCGGCACUCUCUGCAAAAGUGGCCAAAGCUGUUGGCAUCGAAUAUGUCGCUUCACGAGCAGCGAUGGCGAUCAACUCAAAAAAUGACCUUGUCCAUGGCAAUCACGUAUUCAUGACUAAGUGCGCAAGAUGUGCUCUCCGUGAUGUUUGCGACUUAGAGCACGGAGACGCUACCAAAUAUGGGACGUUCAACUUUUCGCACGUUUACAUUUAUGACAAAGUUUUCUCCGUUUCUACCCUGCAACUGCUUGCCAGACAGCUGGCAAAAUCGCCAUUUAAAGUUUUGGUCAGCUAUCAAAGGAUUGAAACAUGGCGUCGUCUAGGACUGAAUCACAUCGUAGAAGUUGCCGCAACUCGCAUGAGAACAACUGGUGGCCAAACCUUCAAGGCCUACAUUUUCGUGAAGCAGACACAGUUCAUGAUCGCCGAAGAGUUCUCCUCGUGA